AUGACUGCCACAAAACUCAAAAUCGCUUGUGGCCAGAUGUGCUCCUCUUCCAGCCUAGCAGCCAAUGCUCGUGUGGCUACCAAAUUGAUCGACCAGGCCGUUGCCAAAAACGUCAAGGUGCUUUUUCUUCCUGAAGCUGCCGAUUAUAUCUCCAGAGACGCCACCCACUCGGUCCAAUUGGCUGGACAAAGCAAGGAAAAGUUCAUUAGUGUUUUGCAGAACCACGUGAAGAAGAUCCACGACGCUGCCUCUGGAGAUGCUGAAGAUAAGGGCAUUUUCGUAGCUGUGGGGGUCCAUGAACCAGCAGUGGGGGAGAAUGCCGGCAAGAAAGUGAGGAAUAACCAGCUCUGGAUCGAUAACCGUGGUGAUAUUGUCCACACGUACCAGAAGCUCCAUCUUUUUGAUAUCAACAUUCCCAACGGUCCGAUCUUGAAGGAACUGAAUUCGGUCGAGCCUGGCCAGGAGAUAUUGAAGCCUUUUGGCGUCAACAGCGGUGAAUAUUCUGGCUUUUCCGUUGGUUUGGCCAUCUGCUAUGAUAUCCGGUUUGGCGAGUUGGCUCUCCGUUUGAGAAAGCUCGGUGCCAACAUCAUCACAUUUCCUUCAGCUUUCACAACAAGAACCGGCGAGGCGCACUGGCUAGAGCUUGGAAAAGCACGUGCAAUUGAUUCACAGUGCUACGUGGUCAUGGCUGCUCAGUGUGGAGAGCACGAUGUUUAUGCUGAUGUCGAGGAAUCUGGAGAAGGAAAGAAAGUGCGGGUCAGCUACGGCCAGUCGGUGAUUAUCGGGCCAUGGGGCGAAGUUGUGGCCAAAGGUGACACGUAUUUGGAGAGAGGGGCCGGUGAAGACUACAGCGAGUUGGUAGUUGGAGAGAUUGACCUGGAGUAUGUGGAAAAGAUCAGAAGAGACUUGCCUGUUUUCACCCACAGGCGUCCAGAGAUCUUCGGGUAUGAGGUUUGA